AUGAAGGAAGAAGAAGCCCUGCAGAAGCAAAAAGAUAGAGAGUUUAGCAAGAGGGCUAAGUCUGCUGGUAAUUUCAGUCAUGGGGGAUCUCAAGGUGAUGGCAACCCUAGUGCUCCAUUUCAGAGGUCCAAGUUUAACCAGAAAGACCGGAACUUCGGAACGGCAGGCUCACAUUCACAGGCCAACGUGACCAACUGUGGUUUUCAACACCCUACUUGCAACACUUGUGGUAAGAAACAUUCAGGAGUAUGCCGUUUGGGCAUGGAUGGUUGUUUUGGGUGUGGUCAGCCGGGUCAUUUUCUGCGGGAUUGUCCGUCCGCAAGACAGAAUACCGGAGGUAACAGUAAUAUAGCUCAGUCCACAAAUUCAGCAGCUCCCCGAAAUUCCCAAGCCCAGCAGGGGUGCAGGGAAACAAAGUCCGGUAAUACGGGCGGUGGUCAGAAUCGUCUGUAUGCACUGUCAGGUCGCCAGGAUACAGAGGCUCGUGGAGAUGUAAUAGAAUGGACUGGAAUUUGA